AUGGCGACGCCGCCAGACUAUAACCACGACAAUCCGCCGACUCUGCUCGUCGCCGGGACGCUGCAAGGUCGAGCCGUCGACGUCGACACCUCGUCCAUCCACCCGUGCGAGGGCCGGCCCAUCCUCCUCGCGACUUUGCGACCCGGGCGCGCCCUCGACCUGCUGUGCGGCGGCGUCGCUCGCACCGCAGCCAUCAAGACGACCGAGGACGACCACACGAGGGUCCCGCGCAAUCCUCGUCGAGAAGCGCUUCUGCUCGCCAAGCUUCACCACCCGAACAUCCUCUCGCUCCUCAACGCGUACCUGUUCGAGCCGACGCGCGCCUCGCCAAUUCCCCGUGUCACCCUCUUCACGCCCUACUACCCGCACACGCUCCCCGACCUCCUCGUCUCUCCCGCCUUCACCCUCGGCGCCUCGCCCUCGACCUUCCCGGCCCUCGCGUCCUCGCUCGCCUACCAGUUUGUCGCCGCCGUGGCGCACCUUCACGACCUCGGCAUCGCUCACCGCGACAUAAAUCCGGCCAACGUUGUGCUCAGUGCCCGAGGUCGACUCGUCCUCAUCGACUUGGGCAUCGCCGUCGAAGCGGGCGCCGAGAAGGCGGGCGAGAUGCACUUUGAAAUCGGCACUGGGCCAUAUCGUGCUCCAGAGCUCAUAUUCGCGUCACGCGCCUACGACCCUCUCGCCCUCGACCUGUGGGCCCUCGGGGCGACCCUCGCCGACCUGUUCCGCCCGCUCGUCUACCCGCGCCCGCCGUCGCCCGACUCGGAGGACUCGUUCGAGCGGUACUACCGUCAGUGCACGACGCCGCCGCCUGAGCCGAGCUUGCGGCGAGAGUCGCUGUUCGAGGGCGCGGCGAGCGAUUUCGUCCUCGCGGCGAGCGUGUUUCGAGUUCUGGGCACGCCGACCGUCAAGACCUGGCCUGAAGCCGCCGACCUCCCAACCUUCAGCCGAUUCACCUUUGCAUCCUUCCCGCCGACCUCGCUCGAGUCGCUCCUCCCGCACCUCCCUCCCUCGGCCACAGCACUCCUCGGUAUCAUCGAGUCGCUGCUGCGCAUCUCGGCGCGCGAGCGACUGUCGGCGAGCGAGGCGCGGCGGCGACUGGAGGAGGCUGAGACGGACCCGGCGGCACGAGGCGGCACGGCGUUGCUCCUCCCAGACGACCUCGACGAGCGGGAGCGCAGUGUGUAUGGCUCGGUGGGGGUGGCACGAGCGGGGCAAGCAGGGCUGGCGCCGGGCGAGCCGUUGGCAGAGAUGCUGGCGGUCGAUCGGCAGGAAUGA